AUGAUGUCUCCAGCGUUUUACGAGAAUUCAAAACAAAAUGCCCAUGAGAUUUCUUCUCUUCACAACGAAGUGCAAGCUUCACAGAUUUUAAACAGUAUGUUUACUGAUAAUAUGCUUGAAAACUUCGAUUCUUCUUUACAAUUAGAAGACCGACGGCGCAAUACCAAUCGAGGACUUCUGGAGGAGCAUUAUGAUGCCUGCAAAUGGCAGAGGUAGUUCCAGAAGGAGGCAUCGGACGGUCCCCUCAUACCCUGAGCACUACCAGGGGUUAAGAGAGUCCUUUGCUGAAGCAUUUGGUCCAAGCAGGUUUGGGUGAGUCUCCCCGAAAGAUGCUGACGUCACCAUUUUUGAUGACGUCAUCAGGAAAGGGCGGCAGGUGGCUUUAGUGACUAGCGCCACACACGAACGUGAAGCUGAAGCUCGACUGGAUCAGGGGCUGAAAUAAUCCCCGCUUUAACCCUCUCUAAUCUAAAAAUCUCAAAUCUCUUUACAAUUAGGGAAACUCUCUUCAUGCAUCUCUUCAAACUCCUUUGAAGGAUCUUUAUUUUCAGACACAUAUGAUGCCAAAGACGAAGUAAUAAUUGAAGCUAUACGAAGUAAAGAAAAUUCAAUAUUAGAUAAAGAGUUCAGUGCGAAUCACUCGGUUAUUAAUAUUGAUGAUUCUAAAGAUAAUAUAGAUGAUUUCCGAGAACCAAGCCAGAUUAUGAAAGAAAUUAUGAACUUCGAAAAAGAUAGUGAAAAGCGAUUCCCAGAGAUUUUACCGAACCUGUUGAUAGAAAAAGAAGAAAUCAAACAUAGAUGGCUGUGCAACGCUUGUUUUUUAGAUCCUCAGGAUAAAAAUCGUUGCAUAGCGUUUUAA